UCGGGUCUUUGGGGCGAAACCAAAACCAAUCCUCGCGUCAUAGCAGCGUUUCGAGUUCGGGGGGGUUUCGGUGCUCCUCAUUUCUCACUCACCCUCUUCCUCCGCGUUUGAAACCCUAGAGGAAGAGGAAGAUGUCGGGCGGCUUCUUUCGGGGCACCUCAGCGGAGCAGGAUACCCGCUUCUCCAACAAGCAGGCGAAGCUGCUCAAGACUCAAAAGUUCGCUCCCGUGCUCGAUCACCCGGUGGAUGUUACAAAGGUAAAGAUGGACGUGAUCAGGCCAUGGAUUGCAACUAGGGCUACUGAGCUACUUGGUUUCGAGGAUGAAGUUCUCAUCAACUUUGUUUAUGGACUCCUCGAUGGCAAGGUGGACGGGAAACAGAUUCAGAUCCAGCUUACAGGAUUCCUGGAAAAAAAUACAGGGAAGUUCAUGAAGGAGCUUUGGGGACUUCUCCUCAGUGCACAAAAUAAUGCCAGCGGUGUUCCGCAGCAGUUCUUGGAUGCCAAAGAAGAGGAAUUGAAAAAGAGAAUGGCGGAGAGUGAAAGAAUCACUCAGGAAAUACAGAAGAGAAAGGAGAAAGAGGGAAGAGAGUUCGAGCAAGAGAAGCAGAAGAGGAUGGACGCUGAGGCCGGCAUUACUGCUGUAUCUGGCUCGAGUUUAAAACAUUCACUGCCAAAGGAUUCCAGAGUUCAGUCUGAGGAGAGAGAUAUGGAGACAAAGCAGAGUCCAAGAUUAAAAAGACGAGAAGGACGAUCAAGAAGUCGAUCUCUUUCAUCUCAUUCCCAAGGGCAUUCACUUUCUCCUAGUAGAAGGUAUCAUUCUCCACAUAGGCGUGCCAUGUCAUCUGAAAGGCAGUAUAAGUCUCCAGCUAGAAGGUCGAUUUCUCCCCGUCAUACAUAUUCCCCACGGAGCAACUGGUCACCUUCAAGGCGCAGAUCACCGAGACGAAGAUCACCGUCACCCAUCCGACGAAAAUCUCCUUAUGGACGAAGAUCUCCAUUGUUGCGCUGUAGGUCUCCUCCCUCACGCCAUAGGUCCCCAGUUCAAAACCGCAGGAGAUCGCCUUCCCCUUCACGCCAUCGGAGAUUGCCUUCCCCAUCACGCCAUCGGAGAUCGCCUUCCCCAUCACGCCAACGGAGACCACCUGCUGCACGCCGUGUGUCUCCUAUCAGGCGUAGGUCUUUAUCUCCUGCAAGAGAUAAGGCCGUGUCUCCUUGGAGAUCACCUCGAAACCGGUUUCAACAGCAAAAGAGGUCUCUGCAUUCACCUGGAAAUUAUGGUGGAGAUUCUCAAGUGUCUCUGCGGGCAAGAAAGAGGAGUAGCAGUCCUCACAGGAGUAUUAGCCCAUCUUAUCCAGCUCAUAGAGGUUCAAGUAGGGAAACAGAUACCAGAAGUAAUGGUUAUGACUCCAAAAGGCGUCGGGAUAAAUAUUCACCCAAGAGGGCUCGUGAGAAGAGAUCACCAGUUCAUCACACCUUGCAUAGAGAGGUGGUUGAUCAUUCGGACUUCAAGGGCAACAUCUUGGAUCCCCUUCCACACAUUUUAACAGUUUCUUCUAGGUCUUCCAGUCCAGAUUCCAGGGAUCAGAAUGACAUCCACAGCAAAGAUUAUGAUGUACCAUCAGAGAACUCUUCAGAGCAGUCAGAUUCCCCUAGCCAUUUGAGAAAAAGUCCAACAAGAAGAAAUAGGCUGUCUGAAAAACGAUUGCCUAACAACAUCCAAGAAAUAAAUGACAACAAUGAAGAGUCUUAUGUUGUCAGGGAGGAUGCAUACUGUAGAACUGAUUCCUCAUCCAAGAAAGGUAGAGAUUCAGCAGCUGAUAUGAAGAAGAAAAGGUUUCAUGCCAAAAAAUUCAGCCAAGAAGAGUUUUCUAAUAACGGGUUAGAAGUUGAUCACUCUCCAAGCAACCAAGAUCGUCAUUCUAACAUGGGCAUAAAAAAUAAGGAAACUGAAUGUAAAAGUUAUACUGAAUAUGGUCCUGAAAGGGUACAGGGUGAAAAACAUUCUAUGGAAGUUUCCUAUGAUAGACAACACUCAACUAAGAUAACCGUGCAAGUUGCAUCUGCUUCAGUAGUUUCUAAUGAGCUGGUUUUAAAAAGCUCCCGUGCGGAUCUUUCUGUAUCAGAUGCUGAAAAAAGGGCUAAAUCAAGAAGCGAUGCAUACAGAGAAUCGCAUUAUGAAACAGAAUCUGUUAAAAAAUCUGAGAGAAAAAUGGAUACAAGCAGUCAAGCACACAGCAAUCAUUCGGAUUCUGACGAGACUAAUACACAUAAAUAUAGGAGUACCAAAAAAAGGCAUAAAAAGUCUGAUAGGCAUAGAAGGGAAGAUGAGGCUUCUGAGCCUGAUUCUCAUACUGAAGAUAAGGAAGCCAAGAGAAGAAGGAAGGAUGAGAAAAGAUUACGCAAAGAGGAAAGGCGUCGAAAGCGUGAAGAUAAACACCGGAAAAGAUCAGAACGCCAUGCUGAGAAGCUAAAAGUGAAGUCAAUCGAUACUGUGACACCCCCUCCAGAUUUUGAGAAAUAUGAUAAUGGUAAAUCAGAUGGUGAAGCUUCAAUUAAAACGACUUCUCGUUUGGCUGUUGCAGAAGGAACAGAAUCCGAGGAAAAAAGGCUUGAGAUUGAGCUCCGAGAGAAGGCCCUUGAAUCUCUUAGAGCGAAGAAGGGCAUUGGGCAUUAAGUUGUCACACCAUAGGGAUAUCAACUUUCCUCCAUAUCCUGCUCUUUUGUUGAAAUAUUGUUUUAUUUGUAAUAGACAUUCGAUAUAAGGACUAAGCACAUCUUGCAUCGCAAACUGUUUGAUGUAGUCAUGUUUACUCUGGCAGCCAAAGUGCAUAAACGAGGAUUAUGUUAACAAGCCUUUUCUUGGUGCUAAUGGGGGCACGCAUGACUACUAUAUUAUUCUUGCAAUGUAUUCCUUUUUUAUAGGACA